AUGCAGGAUAUCUCCCAUGAACAAUACACUCUACAAAUAAAGUUUCUAAAAGCUUUGGACCUAUUCUGCAUUUUUAAAUUCAUUAUCACAAAUGAUUUAAGGAUACACGAAGAAGAAACGUACAAUCUGUUAGUGAAACUUGUCAACUCAUACUCAGUUAUUAGUAUUAAAAGAUCCUCAAAGGAUAUUUUUUCUGAAACAGAAAAAAUAUACAAGAAAUACUUUUACAGCAAUGGGGAAGGGACAAAUACAACUACUGGAAUGGGUUCUGCAUCUGAACCUAUUGUAGACACAGAACAAGCUCAUCGAAAUAUCAGAAAUGGAAUUAACAACACAUACAAAAUGGGCAUGGAAAAAGAAAUUCUUACCAAUGAUUCUCUUUUUUCAAAACGUCUAAGUAACAAACAAUUAUUCCAAUUUUUCAAAUUUCCAAAAAAUAAAAAAGUAGGAGAUUACGUAAACAAAUGCUGUGUUAAUGAACUUAUAAACGAACCAUUAAAUAUAAAUGUAGGAUUUGUUAAAUUUGAUAAAAAGAAAAGAAAAAGCAAAAAAAGAAAGAGAUCAAAAAAUGGGACAAUAUAUAUGCCAACAAAUCUAUGUAAAUAUAAUAGUGAUUCUGGUAUUAACAAUAUUCGAUUAAAAAAUUCUUGCAGUUGUUGUUAUGAAUCUAAAGAAAAUUACAAAAACUUAACAAAUAAUUUUAAAAAAAAAUUUAACGAAACGGACCUAUCCCUUUCAGAUUCCUCAGAAUUAUUUGCAAAUUUAAAAAAUUCAUUUGUUAAACCAAAUAACACUGCCUAUUUCGAUCUCAAUAAUACCAAUUGCAGCAACUCUGAAGAUGAAUCUGAUUAUAAUUAUUACAGUGAAAAUACAAAUAGGGAAGAUCUUACUAAUGAAACGCGUGAAAAUAAAAAUAUUAAACUUAAGAAUAAGUACCUUUCAGUCAAGCUUUCUCUUUAUAAUUCUCGUCUAUGCAACAAAGGCGGAAAGGAACGCACCGGCAGCAUAACCAGCAACGAAAGCACCGACAUCAUCUCAAAUACAGAGAACACACCUAAUGUGCUUAACACUUCCAACAAGACUAACAUUUUAGACAUCCCCAACAAGACUAACAUUUUAGACAUCCCCAACAAGACUAACAGUUCAGAUAUCCCCAACAAGACUAACAUUUCAGACAUCUCCAACAAGACUAACAUUUCAGACAUCUCCAACAAUUCGAACGUACCAUUUGAUGAAACGUCCUUGUGCCUCAACCACUUCUACGAAAUACAUAACAUCCUAAACAGAGACCCGAAUGGACUGAGAAAAAUUAAAAUAAUGUUGAAAAAAGAUAUUGGAACUAUUAGCAUUUCCCCAUUUUACAUAAACUUUGAUUGGACGAGGAUAUUCAAAAAUGUCUGUCGGGCCUUUAACUUCACUAAUUUUGAUUACAAGAAACAAGGUGUAUACCAAAUUAUUAACUCCUGUUUUAGUACCCCCAAGUCUAAACAUAUUUUAAAAAAUAUAUUUCUAGAUGACCUGUAUGAGCAACAAGAAAUAUAUGAAAAUGAACUCAAUUGCAAAAAAAAUUUACGAAAAAAAAAUUUACUCAAAAUGAGGAAUAAAGAAAAUAUUUUAGAAAUACUUGAUGAUGAAAAAAGAAUUAAUGUAUUAUACUUUAUUAACCGUUUUUUAUACUCUCAAAAAACUCCUCUCUCUAGUUUGUUUACAAAUUAUUAUACAGCUACCAAUUCCAAGCAUAAUGAGGAAAAAAUGGAACACCAAGAAGAAAAGCAGAAAUGGAAGAAGCAAGAUCAGAGAAGUUCUGUAACUCAUGAUGAUGACUCCCCUUUUGACGAACUAACUGUAGAUUAUUUACUUUUUUUAAUGAUUUUUGAAAAAAAAAUGGAUGAAGAAUUUCAUAAAUAUCUUAUUCGUAAAAUUGAUGCAUGUAAAGCCUACUUGUCUCCUUAUAGUCAAAACAUAAAUACCACCACCUUCACAUCUUUGUCAACUCUUCAUUCCAAAUAUAGUUAUCAUCCAUCCAAUCAUAAGGUUAAUGCCGAAAGCACCAUUUCUCACUUACAUACACAUAGCGAAAAGAAACAAAUAAAUGAUUCGAUUGAAGUUAUCCAAAAUCAUUUUGAGGUGUUCAAAAAGGAGGAAAUUCUACUGGAAGCAGAUGAAGGAGAAGAAAGAAAAAGAAAUCUCGUUCACAAGAACCUCCUUGAUGGAAGAAACAAAAUGGAAACUGCAUUAAGCACAGAUAGGAGGCAUUCUUCCUACUCCUCUACCAGCAUCAAUUCAGAAACAAACGAAAGCGUGACAAACAACACACACAGUACAUACAACAUGAGCAUGUCGAUGAACACCCUCACAUCUUAUAACUCCAAUGACUUAUCAUGUAGUGAAACGUUCAUGAUAAAUGGACAUUCCACAAACGAGAAUAAUAGAGAUGAUAACAUAUUCUUGUAUCCUUCCAGCGACGUUAAUAUCCAAUCGACGUGGAUUAAUGGGAAACAAAAUAGAGAUCUUGCGAAAGAAAAAAGCGAAGAAAUGAGUGAUUGCACGAAGAGCACUGUAAGAGAUGGUUAUGAAGAAAUGGAAAAUGAAAUAGAAGAUAGGGAAGAUAGAGAAGAAAGGGAAGAUAGGGAAGAUAGGGAAGAUAGGGAAGAUAGGGAAGAUAGGGAAGAUAGGGAAGAUAGAGAAGAUAGAAAAGAUAGAGAAGAUAGAGAAGACAGAGAAGACAGAGAAGAUGGAGAACAAAAUUCUUUUCAAGAUUUAAAAAAAUGCAAUCCGUCUUCCGAGCUAGAAUUGAAAUAUAAAAAUAAAUCAGAAUAUAAAUCUAGCAUAGAAAACGAAAUAACAUUGCUAAAAUGCAUAAGACCCUUUCCAACGGUUUAUUGGUUAAUAAAUAAAAAUAUGUGUGGAUAUAUUUCACAUUUAGAAAAAAUGAACAUAAUAAAAAAUAUUGAAUAUUUUGUUAAUAGUCAGAAGGAAGAAUUUCAUUUACUCAGAUAUUAUUUAAUACAUGAUCAUUUGAAAUAUAUUAUUAUCCGUUUAAGACAUAUUAACAAAAGAAUACUUUGUUUUUUUUAUAAUAUAUUUUUAAAUAGCCAUAAUUUUAAGGAGCAGUUCAAUUUGGAUGAGACCAACAAUUCAUUAUUUUCUAUAUAUAAAAAUUCUUUUGAAUUUUCUCCCCAUAUUUUAAAUGAAUAUAUACACAAGUAUAAAAUCGAUUCGAAUGUCAUUAUAGAGAUUCUUAGAAAAAUUAAUACCUUACGAAUUAAAGGAAUUGGUGGAAUAUCAAAUUUUUUAACUGUUAAAUGUAUACAUCUUUAUUUUGCAUCUCAUUUGUCUUAUCCAAAUACAAUUGGCUAUAUUUUGGAAGAGCUUUUCAAGUCAUGA